AUGAGUCCAUGCGGAAUAACUGGGAAAGGGAGGAACGAGAGUUCAAAGCAUGUGGGUAGGAAUAGGGACACUGAAACAGGGGAGAGGGGAUAUCCAUAUCGGGAACCGAGUUGUCACAUCCAGGCUCAGCACGAUGCGGCUCAAUCUACCAUUCUGAACCUACAAGCAAAAGUUGUCAAGCUAGAGGACAAAGUGAAGACGUCUCAGACCGGACAGGAAGAGGUUAUCUCCGCCUCCAUCUCAGCUGCCACAGCUGUCGUUGCCUCUGCAUUUGCGGCCAGGGACGCCCAAAUGCUGGCAAAAUCGGAUACUGAGAACGGGACGCUAGAGCAGUUAAUGACGGACUGGAAGAAGAAUGUAGAUGGGCAGUGGAGUAGCAUGCGCAAGGAGUGGUCUGAGGAGCGUGCUUGGUUGGCCAAGGCAAGCGAGGAAUGGGAGACGAAAAUCAAGCAAGUUGACUUGAAGCUUACCGCCCUUACCACCGUGAGCGACCCACCGUUGGCUGCAGGCCCAGAUGAUCAUCAGAACGGAAAUCUACGCCACACUCUUGCUACUCCUCCAAGUCCCCGCAGUCUCUCCUCCGACUCGCGACGUUCAUCAAGAAGGAAGCGCUCAGGAUUAGCACGGGGCUGA